GUUGCUAUUCCUAUUGGGGAUUCCAGUUUGUAGUUGCUUUAUCCCUUGUUUGGAAUAAAAAAUUUCACAAUAAUUCAAUUAAAUUCUUUUCUAUCAAUUUUUUUCCCUUGGAAUGAAAAAUUUAUUUAUUUUUUAACCUCCAAAAUUUUCAUUUAGAUAUCAAAGAAAUCAUAAAUGAUUUUGUAAGAAACUUCUUUUCUUGUAAAAUGAAUAAUACCAAACACAGUGUUGGUGAACUUGAUUAUGAUUUAGGGUUGAAUACUCUCUUCUGUUGGGUGCCUUGUACGAUUGUAAACGUGUAGUACUGUUCUUUUAUAAUGUCCAUUGCUGAUGUUUGAGAUUGCUUCUUUGCAAUUGUUGUGGGAAUAUGUUAAUGGAUCACAAGGCAGCAGUAUUUACUUCAUAUUGAGAUUACAAAAUGCCAUCUUUCAAAAGUAUGGGCAACUUCAAGGCCUUUGGAACCACAGUUAAAUACUUAACAUGUAUUUCUUGAGAUGAGGCUGAGCACUUUCUAUCUUAAAAACUGAAGCAAAUAAACGUUUAUAUAUUCUGAAACACCUGCAGAACACACCACUUUGCACCCCAUUCUUCUUUCUUACAGGAUGGAACAAAUCAAGGAGAAGUAAACUGGUAGAAGUAACCCAUAACAUAUUGUAGAUGGAUUUAGCAGAAGUGUGUUUGCUGUUUGCGUUGGAAUUUUCUACAGCUUCUGCCCAUAACUUAUAAUCUAGAUUAUUAGCAGCAGCCCUAAUGCAAGGGCAGAGGGGUAUUGUUGGCUCUUUGCCAGAAAUGCUGGACUUUGACCAUGGAUCUACAUCAGGUAAUGCUAUCAUAGAUCAGCAAAUUUGCUGGAAUAACAUUCCAAACCCUGCAGAAAACCGAUUAGCAGACUUUAUGCUGUCGCCUAGUCACAUGACCAGUGCAUAUGUCAAUUCUGUUGAUCAAGAACGACAACAUACCGGUGGAUGGAGUUUGGGUGAACCCAGUUCUAGUGGUGCACAAAGUGAUGCAAGUCAUGAAGAGCAGAAGUUGGAACGAGGAUGGUCAGCUUCAUCAAGUAGUUGUGCUGGAGCUGGUAGACAGUUAGGAGAAAGGCAAUAUGAACCUAGCAAUAUUCUUUCACGGGAGAGUGUAAACGGGAAUCCUCAAUUUGUGCAAAGUUCCAAUUCCAAUGCGAUUCCACAGAAUCUCAACCUGAAUGCGGGUUUUGUGUGUCAUAGUGAUAAUGUUCAAGUCAUGGAUGCCUCUAACGUGUACAAGUCUGGGGUAGCAGAAAAUGAGCGGGUUCCUCCUGCUGGUGGUUCCAACACAUUCCUUCAUCCUUCUGGAAGCAGUGGAUACACGUUGGAAGAGAGUGAUGGAAGACCAGGUUGUUCCUUGGAUGGUCAUCGUCAUUCAUGCAAAAGAAAGGCAGUCGAGGGACAUAUUGGACAGUCCUCUGUGAGUGGAGGUUCUAGUUUCUUUCCAUGCGCAGAAAGUAGUGCAUGGCCUGGUGUUGCUUCUCAUUAUGGUGCAGGCAGCAGCUUAAGUAUAUCUGCUCCAGAACAGGUGAACCCCAGGCUUGGAUUAGGUUUGAGAGGGCUAGCUUCUGAUGAUGUGUCAGAACGUCCUGAAACAUCAGUUGCAGGACGUACUGAAGCCUCACAGAGAAAUUUUCGAUUGAGAAUAAAUCCUUCAACUCAUGAAUCUCUCCCCCCUGCUUUAUUUUCUACGGGGAGUGCUGUUAGGCGCUCCAGUGUACCAUCUGCCCAACGCUCUUUAAGACUUCUCCCAAUUGAUCAUCCAUUGGACUUUAGGUCACUACCAGCAUUAGAAGGUGCAACGGCACAGAGUCAGCCUCCUGUUGUCCCUGUUCCUCCUUUGCCACAAAAUGUCCAGUCAUUUAGGUGGAAUGAAGGCUCUAGCUCCAGAACUGGUAGCUCAUCGAGUUCCAUCUCUUUGAAUGAUAGAGAGGAAGGCAGCUCAAGAAGCAUAUCUAGAAACAUUUGGGCACAUCCUAUGUUUGUACCAGCAACUGAGUUGAGGACCUCAGUUAGAAAUCCAACAAAUAGAAGUGUAACUGGUGGAAAUGCAAGUGCUCCUGGAAAUAUUGCUUCUACAUCACGGUCUGGCUCAAGCUCGAGUGUCCAUCCUUUAUCAGCUCCAACUUGGGUUUCUCAUCCAAAUUCUACUUCAAGAAAUUCACGGAGAUUAGCUGAAUACGUUCGUCGAUCUCUGUUUUCUUCUAGUGGUGCAGAUUCUGGAGGCCAGAGUACUAAUUCUCCUGUGCAUUCGGGUUCUUCUGGAACCCCCGAAGAAGCAAUGGUUUCUUCGGGAGUUGGUACCCAAGUGCAUCAUCGAUCACAUCCAAGGUCGGCAUUGUGGAUGGAUAGACAGGGUGAUGGUGUACUUGGAAUUCCUUAUCCUUUGCGAAAUUUGGCUGCUGCCAGUGAAGGAAGAAGCAGGCUUCUUGUGUCUGAGCAGAUUCGCAAUGUCUUAGAUCUCAUGCGAAGGGGUGAGAGCUUGCGAUUUGAGGAUGUCAUGAUUCUUGAUCAAUCAGUACUUUUUGGAGUAGCCGAUAUUCAUGAUAGGCAUAGGGAUAUGCGGCUUGAUGUUGAUAACAUGUCAUAUGAGGAAUUGUUGGCCUUGGAAGAGCGCAUUGGAAAUGUUAGCACUGGAUUGAGUGAGGAGACUAUCUUAACCCGGCUAAGGCACCGGAAGUAUUCUGUUGCAGCAAGGGCUGAAGUGGAGGCAGAACCUUGUUGCAUUUGUCAGGAGGAAUAUAAUAAUGGAGAAGAUGUGGGCACGCUAGACUGUGGGCACGAUUUUCACACUGACUGUAUUAAGCAAUGGCUGAUGCUUAAGAAUUGGUGCCCCAUUUGUAAAACAACGGGACUGGUACUUGAUAAGAUGAUUUGAUGAUUAGGCAAUUAGUUUAUGCUCAGAAUACGAGAAGGUUGGUGCAUGUCAUAUGUUCUUGGUGAUUGGAUUCUUAACCUGGCGAGUAAUGGCUUGCAUCGAGUCUUAAGGUUUGUCCGUAUGGACUAAUCUAUGGCAUAACGCACCAGAGGAAGGCAUUUGUUUCUUCGAAAGAAACAAAUUCGAUGGUGGUGAUUGAACUGUCUUAAGGAAAAAUCGGAGUGCAAAACUGGCUUUGAACAUUUUAUUCUGUGUUCAUUGAACAAUUAGUUUUUGUUGGAUAUUCAUUGUGAUCCCCCUCCACCCUUUUUGUUUUUAUUUAUUUAUUUAGUGUAUCAAUGCGUCUGGCGACAUUUUUGGGUAGCCUAAUGGCAGGCCAAGCUCAUUUUAUGAUAUAUUAUCUUUUAAUUUCCCUGAUGUAACCAAACAUAAUUGUUCAAAGAUGUUAUCAUUUAUUGGCA